UCGGAGCGGGAGGAGGCGCUGAGGCCGGGCCGCCCGGCAGUAACUCGGCACAGGGAGCUCGGCAGCAGCCUCCUCGCCGCGCAGCUCGUGUGCGGGACCCUCCCUCCGCACCAUGGCAGCGCGGUCCCGCAGACCCUGGCUGAGCGUGGCGCUGGGGCUGGUGCUGGGCUUCACCGCCGCCUCCUGGCUCAUCGCCCCCAAAGUGGCCGAGAUGAGCGAGAGGAAGAGACGCGCCUCCAGCCUUUGCUCCUACUACGGCCGCGCGGCGGGGGGCGCCCGGGCGCAGCAGGAGGCGGCGGCGGCGGCCGUGCUGGGGGGCACCGGGUUCAGGAGCAGCCCUUGGGAGCUGCAGCCGCAGGCGGAGGAGGGCACCGUCCCCAGCCCCCCAGCCGCGGCCGGCGGGGAAGGGGAGCCGGAGGAAGAGGAGGAAGCCGGGGAGAAGCGGAGCGGCAGGCACGGGAGCAGCCACAACGGGAGCGGGGACUGGGGGGGUCCCGCGGGCUGUGCCAAGCCCCGCAACUUCCUCUACGUGGGGGUGAUGACGGCCCAGAAGUACCUGGGCAGCCGGGCGGUGGCGGCGCAGCGGACCUGGGCGCGCUUCAUCCCCGGCAGGGUGGAGUUCUUCUCCAGCCAGGGCUCCGCCGCCCCGCUCGCGGGGCCCGGGCUGCCGCCGCUGCCAGUCGUCGCCCUGCCCGGGGUGGACGAUUCCUACCCGCCGCAGAAGAAAUCCUUCAUGAUGAUCAAGUACAUGCACGACCACUACCUGGACAAGUACGAGUGGUUCAUGCGGGCGGACGACGAUGUCUACAUCAAAGGUGAAAAAUUGGAGGAGUUCCUUAGGUCACUGAACAGCAGUAAACCUCUCUAUUUGGGGCAAACUGGUCUGGGAAAUAUUGAAGAACUUGGAAAACUGGGGCUUGAGCCUGGAGAAAAUUUCUGCAUGGGAGGGCCAGGAAUGAUCUUCAGUCGAGAAGUUCUCAGGAGAAUGGUGCCACAUAUAGGUGAAUGUCUUCGAGAAAUGUACACCACACAUGAGGAUGUGGAAGUGGGAAGAUGCGUCCGACGGUUUGGUGGAACCCAGUGUGUUUGGUCAUAUGAGAUGCAGCAAUUGUUCCAUGAAAAUUAUGAACACAACCGGAAGGGUUACAUCCAAGAUCUUCACAACAGUAAAAUACACACAGCUAUAACACUUCAUCCAAAUAAAAGGCCAGCCUACCAAUACAGACUCCACAAUUACAUACUGAGCCGCAAAAUUUCAGAACUACGCUAUCGCACCAUCCAGCUCCAUAGAGAAAGUGCCCUAAUGAGCAAGCUCAGUAACAGUGAAAUAAAUAAGGAAGAUCAGCAGCUGGGAAUGAUGCCAUCUUUCAAUCGCUUCCAGCCCCGUGAAAGGAAUGAAGUAAUUGAAUGGGAAUUCCUGACAGGGAAGCUUCUUUACUCUGUGGCUGAGAAUCAACCACCCAGACAAAGCAUUAAUAGCAUUCUGCGGGCAGCAUUGGAUGACACAGUGAUGCAAGUAAUGGAAAUGAUAAAUGAGAACUCUAAAUCUAGAGGAAGGCUUAUUGAUUUCAAGGAAAUACAAUAUGGCUACCGUAGGGUUGAUCCUAUGCAUGGAGUGGAGUACAUCCUGGAUUUACUGCUUUUGUACAAAAGACACAAAGGAAGAAAACUUACAGUUCCAGUGAGACGUCAUGCUUACCUUCAGCAAUUGUUUAGCAAGCCUUUUUUCAAAGAGGCAGAGGAACUGGAUGUAAGAAGCCUUGUGGAGAAUAUUAAUAGUGAUACUCAGUCUUUCUCUUUUCUUUCAAAUUCUUUAAAGAUUUUUUCAUCAUUUCAGGGCACCAAAGAAAUAGGAGGACAUAGUGACAAGAAAAUACAUAUUCUUGUCCCUCUCACAGGAAGAUACGACAUUUUCUUAAGAUUUAUGGAGAAUUUUGAAAAGACUUGUGUUAUUCCCAGGCAGAACGUAAAGCUGGCAGUAAUUCUGUUCAGCUCUGAUUCUGGCCAAGAUUCCAGCAAACACAGAGAGUUAAUUAAAGAAUAUCAUAAUAAGUAUCCGAAGGCAGAUAUGACCCUAAUUCCUAUGACAGGGGAGUUUUCCAGAGGUUUAGGUCUUGAAAUGGCCUCAUCUCAAUUUGACAAUGACACUUUGCUGCUAUUCUGUGAUGUUGACCUGAUAUUCACACCAGACUUUCUUCAACGAUGUAGAGAUAAUACUAUUCAAGGGCAGCAGGUUUAUUAUCCCAUCAUCUUUAGUCAAUAUGAUCCAAAAGUAAUAUAUGGAGGCAACCCUCCCGGUGACAGUAACUUUGUUUUCACAAAGAAAACUGGAUUUUGGCGAGACUAUGGAUUUGGAAUCACUUGUAUUUACAAAAGUGAUCUACUGAGUGCUGGUGGAUUUGAUACCUCAAUUCAAGGCUGGGGACUUGAGGAUGUAGACCUCUUUACUAAAGUAAUAACUUCUGGGCUGAAGGCUUUUAGAAGUCAAGAAGUAGGAGUUGUACAUGUCUUUCAUCCGGUUCAGUGUGACCCCAAUUUAGACCCUAAACAAUAUAAAAUGUGCUUGGGGUCCAAAGCAAGUACAUUUGCAUCUACCAUGCAGCUGGCUGAACUCUGGCUAGAAAAACAUUUAGGUGUCAGGUACAAUCGAACUCUCUCCUGACAUUCCAGCUCAUUCUGCCUUUUUGGGGGAGUUUACCUCAUUGUUGUUCUUUUUAUUUUAUUGUCAUAUUCUUAAACUCCUCUUUGUCUUCCAAAGGGUGUAUGUUGACCUCAAAAAAGAUGAGACUGCUGUACACUAAUAUUUCCAAUUCCUACUGAACUGGUUAGAUGUGUUACUUUCCUAUGCCCUUUAUUCAAAAUUGACUGAACUCAUGGCAAUCAAAUGAUCCCAUGGAGCACAUCCAUCAUGAGAGACUACAUCAAAGGAAUGUUCUCUUUGGGCUUUAGGAUGCAAUAUCAGUCUUUGUUGUGUUUGUCAAACAAUGUGAUACAAAUAUUUACUGGUGAAGGUACCACAAAAGUGCUUUAUGCUUCCUCUGGGGAAGGAACUCUGUAACAUAAACUUGAGUUUUAUAAUUUAUACAAGGACUUAUAUAUAUAAACACUACUUUUCGUCAUCUUAAGAAUUUUUAAAGUAAAUGAAUAACUAUGAUUGUACCUUUAUUUUUUAAAAAAAGAAAAACUGAGGAGUGUCUUUCCAAAUGCAACUGGUACUGGUUACCAAGGUCCUUAAAAGUCUUAUUGUAAUAAUGACCUCCUCAUUACUGUCUGCUCUGUGCGAAUGAACUUUAUUUUCUCAAGGGAACAUGAUUUAAUCAAAUACUCAUGUACAUUUUAGAAGCUUUGUGAAACAAUGUCCUUCAUUUGCUGGCAAGAAGAAACUAUGACAGAACAUGAUUAUUUAUAAUAAAGUAUAGACAAACAGUAUUCUUUUUCAAAACAUGGAAUAAGUU